UGAUGAUGACCAUCAAAUGAUGAUGAUGAUGAUUACUAUCACGAUUUAAUGUUUUUUUUCUGGCUUCUUACUUACGUUUUGCUCUCUGUUUGUGUAUCCAUCCAUAUAACUCUUUUUUUUUUUGUUUGUUUGUUUACUUUGUUUCUUGGCGGAUGUAAUUAUUAAUUUUUUUGUUUUCACCAGAAAAUCUCAAUUGCCAAACAACUAAAAUCCAUAUAUAUCCAAAAUAAUGUUGAAACGGUAGCAGCUACUAAUUUUGUCCAAAAGUAUUAUCAUCCAUCCAUCAACAACAACAACAACAACAACAAAAAAAGUGUCCUUUUUGCACACUGCCAUUUAUGAAAAAUGUUUUGAAAUACUUCAGAAAACAACAACAACAACAACAACGACAGAAAAAAAUUCUGGCAGCUAAAAAAAAACAAUCAACGACUUUGACAGCUGUUUUAAUAUUAUUCCUUUAAAAUUUCGAAUUCAACCACCAGAAUGAAAAAAAUGGCCAUAAUUAUAGAAUCAUCAUCAUCAUCAUCAUCACGCCAAAAUCAAUGGCUUCAUAGAACUUGUUUUUGUUGUUAUAUUAAAAUAUCAUUAUCAUCAUUGUUAUUAUCAGUGUUAUUAUUAUUAUUAUCAUCAUCAUCAAUAAUCCAAUUGAUCAAUACAUUUAAUUUGGAUACAAAUAUUCCUGUAUAUAAAUUCGGUCCACGUGAUUCAUAUUUUGGCUAUUCGGUUGCCGAACAUAUUAUAAAACGUUCUAGUCAAUCAACGCCAGUUUUACUUGUCGGUGCACCUAGAGCACAAUCAGGACGUAUACGUACUGGUGCCCUGUUCAAAUGUGACCUCAAUACACGAACACAUGAUUGUGUCAAUCUUUAUGUUGAUCCGGAUAAUUCUACCUAUUUAGAAAAUGUUGAUAAAGAAGAUCAAUGGCUUGGUGUUACGGUUAAAAGUCAAGGUGAAGGUGGUUAUGUUAUGGUUUGUGCACAUCGCUACGUAUUGAAAGGUUCCGAUUUUCGUUGGGGCAAUGGUAUCUGUUAUUCAUUGACACAAUUUUUGGAUUAUAGCCGUACAUAUGAACCAUGUCGUGGUCGUGUUGUCAAUUUGGCUCAUGAACAAUUUGGUUUCUGUCAAGCUGGUACCAGUGGUGAGAUAUCGAAAAAUUUCGAAAUUCUUAUUGGUUCACCUGGUCCAUAUACAUGGAGAGGAACAGUGUUUUCCAAUAACAUCCGGCGUGGUUAUAGUAUAAAAGAUGAUAAAACCUGGUAUAUGGGACCAGUGAUUGAAGGUAAAUCACCUGUAGAUAAAUAUAGUUAUCUUGGUAUGAGCGUAGCAAGUGGUGAUUUUUUGGGUGAUAAAAUUAUUAUUGCAACUGGUGCACCACGUUCCAAUGGUACUGGUGAAGUAAUAUUCUAUAGUAAAGAUUCUGGCCGUAUUGAAUUUGAUAUACGUGGACGAUUGCAUGGUGAACAAUUUGGUUCAUCAUUCGGUUAUUCAAUGGCUAGUCUUGAUUGUGAUGGUGAUAAACAUUCAGAUCUAGCUAUUGGUGCACCAUUCUAUUAUGAUGGAAAUGAUGGUGGUGCUGUUUAUGUUUAUCUUGAAAAAGAUCUUCGUAUUGGUGCAUUUCAUAAACGCAUUCGAUUGACUGGAAAACUUGAAUCACGUUUUGGUUUUGCUCUAGCUAAUGCUGGUGAUCUUAAUCGUGAUAAUUUUGAAGAUUUAGCUAUUGGUGCACCAUAUGAUGGUAAUGGUAUUGUUUAUAUUUAUUCUGGCAGUCAAAAUGGUUUGAAAACGGAACCAUCACAAGUGAUUAAUGCAGCUGAAUUACCAUCACCAUUGAAUCAGAUACGAACAUUUGGUUAUUCAUUAUCUGGUAAUCUUGAUUUAGAUCGUAAUUCAUAUCCAGAUUUACUUAUCGGUGCAUAUGAAAGUGAUGCUAUCGUAUUGCUGAGAUCACGACCAAUUAUACAUAUUAAAACAUUUGUACAAAAUAAUAUGACACAAAUCGAUCCGAAUUCAAAUGGAUGUCCAGAAGAUCCAUCUAGUAAACUACCAUGUUUUACCGUGAAACCAUGUUUUCAAUUCACUGAUUUAAGUAGUGCUAUGAAUUCAUUGUCAAAAUUUGCAUUACGUUAUCGUAUUGAAGCUGAAACAUUCACAGGAACACAGAAAUAUUAUCGUGUAAUAUUUCGAAAUUCAUUGGAAAAUGCACCAAACAUUGUUGAAAAGACCAUUUCAUUAGAUUAUGGUUAUACACGUGAAUAUUGUACAAAAGAAUUGAUUUAUCUGAAAGAAAAACAAGAUAUACAAAAUAAAAUUGCAUUUAAAUUAUCAUAUUCAUUGAAACAAACAAAACCAGAAUUACCACAUGAAGGUGAUCCAUUACCAGAUAUAAAUGAAUAUCCAAUAUUGGAUCAACAAGAAGCACAACGUAUAUUCUAUGCAAAAUUCAAUAAAGAAUGUGGACUUGAUGAUGUUUGUGAUAGUAAUUUAUUAUUGAAAGCUGAAUUAUUACGUGCAAUGAAAAAAGAACGAAAUAAUUAUACAAUGAUAUUGGAUGAUGAUAAUAUUGUCAUGAAUAUUAGCUUAUCGAAUCGUGGUGAACCAGCCUAUGAUACAGCGAUUAUUAUUGAUCAUUCACCAAAUAUAAGUUAUGUUGGCCGUAAAAUUACCGAUGAUCAAGUGGAUUGUGUUCCAAACAAAAAUCAUGUCCGCUGCGAGAUAGGUAAUCCAUUCAAUAAAGGACGAACCGAUUUUCAGCUUCGUUUCAAUAGCUAUAAUAUUGAAGAUCGUGAACAUGAAUUUUUCAUUCGUGUUGCUGUUUCAACAUCUUCGAACGAUAUAUCUGGUUUGGAUAAUAAGGCUGAAUUCUAUACCGAAAUACAACGACGUGCUGAAUUAGAAUUGACUGGUGUUUCGGUGGAAAAAGAAGUUCAUUUUGGUGGUGAAAUUCGUGGUGAAGCAGCCAUGAGAUUUGAAGAUGAAAUUGGUGAAAAAGUUAUUCAUCGAUAUAUUGUUACCAAUAAGGGACCAUUACGUGCCAGAGAUGUAGCCGUUCUCAUUGAUUGGCCAUAUCAAAUUGAUAGUGGUCGUGAAUUUGGUAAAUGGAUUCUGUAUAUUUUGUCCAAACCAAGUGUUAGCAACCAGGUUGGUUAUUGUGAUCUGGAUUCUCGAUAUGUAAAUCCGAAAAACUUUGAAAGUGUCAAAGAUGAUACGGACAAACGAAGACGAAGACGUCGUCGUAAUGUUGAUACACAACAAAUUCGUGAUAAAGAUGGCCAUACACAUAAUAUUGCACAUUUAACGUGUGGUUCUGGUGCACGUUGUGUAAAGAUUCGAUGCUGGAUCUCACAUAUUGAUGCUAAUCGUACAGCUAUUAUCAGUAUCCGUUCACGAUUAUGGAAUGCAACAUUUAUUGAAGAUUUUUCUCAUUAUCAUCAUGUUACCAUACAAUCAAAAGGACGUAUUCAAUUGAAUCCAUUAUAUAAUAUAAUACAGGAUGAACGUGAUGAUAGUUUUAUGAUUGAAACCCAUGCCUAUCCAGAUGUGAUACAUAAAAUACCACAAGCAAGUUGGUGGUGGUAUUUAUUGGCCAUUAUUAUUGGAUUAAUUAUUCUAUCAAUAAUUAUUUGUGUACUAUGCAAGACUGGUUUCUUUAAACGAGAUAAAGGCUAUCAGCAUGUUGAUCAAAAUGAUCGAAAUGAAUCAAAUUGAUGAUCAAUGAGAAUACCACCGGUUUUAGAAUUUCAUUGGGCAGCAACAACAACAACAAUAGAAGAAAAAAAAAUGUGAUUAUAUUUUGUCAAACACGAUUUACCGAAUAUUUAUAUAACCAUUUCAAAUAACCGGGACGUAUACACACACACACACACACACACACACAUUUAUAUUGCUUUCAUCAUGAUUCAUAUACCAUUCAAUUACUUCAUUCGUCAUCGUCAUUGUCGUUGUUUUCCAUCCAUGUCAAAUCAAUCGAUCAACAGAUCAAUCAACCAAUACAUUCCUCCUCCUACACACAAACACACACACAGAAGAGCAACUAAUUAAUUGAUUUCGAAUUUUUUUUGUUUCGGUUUAAAAUAUUAAU